AGUAGGCCGCGGCGGCUGCCCGCGACAGCACGCACCACGGCGGCAGCCUCUAGCGCUCUCCAGCCAGCCCACGCUAGGCGGCCCGCGACGCGACGCGAUACGGAGGGCACCUACACCGGCGCCAGCAGGCACUGCCAGUGCUCCACCGGCCCCUCGCCUGGCCAUCAGUGAUCAAGAGGACGCGUCGACAUUGUCGCCCAGGACGUCUAACCCUCUACAAUCACAUUACACACGUCGCAGGUGGAACAUGCAGUCAAGUUCUUGCCUGUUUAAAAGUCACUUGUGUGUUCCACAUGACUCUCGACGCGGGGGGAAGUACUUUGCCAUUCUACACUAUCACUUAAUUAAAUUCCCAUUUACGUGACUCAAUCGAGCCGAACUUUCACUUCCAGUAAACGGAUCUUCCGCGUUUCGUAAAUCGACGCGUUAAGGUAUGUGCCGUACAAGGAGUGUCUAACGAGUCAAGUGCAACAGUAGAGCGUUGUCAUCGAGACGUUAUCAGUUUACAACUGGAUUACUCUAUUCUGCCGUUCAGCCAGCACGUGGGCACAAUAAACGCGCAAGUGACUGCCUAUACAACAGUCGGUAGCGGUACAUACAGUAUCCCAGUUACACAUGAUGCAGCAGGAAGUGCUCCGACAUCCUGCGCCACCACAUAAAAAUAAUAACAGCAAUAACGUCGCGGCUGAUGGAGUGAAUUUCGUGGAAUUAGAGCUCUAGCUUUUUUUUCCUGGUUUCACAGAACCGACGUGUUGACAUUGUGAGCCUAGUUAGCUCAGACCUCACCACACACGACGUGGUAGAAGCGACGCUACAGUCAAGAAUACGACGCACCAUUUUAUUAGCAAAACACAAUUUCGUUCGUGCUGCUAAUGCUGCGAUUAUUUUCAGUGCGUUAGUAACUUACCCAUCGUUUCUCUGCUCGUUGUUGUGAAAGUGCCUAACAGUGCUGUAUUCGACCCUCACUGCGUCGAUCUACUUUAGGUAUGAUUGGCCGAGAGUCUUGCGAUAAAGACACCCCUUAAUGAUCACACAUUUGUGUUUUGUAAAAUACACGUGGCUGUAAGAUUAGCGUCGUGUGAUGGUCUACAAACGUGAGUGAGAGGAGAAAGGGAAGUGGGCUGAAUCAGCUACAUCAGACAGGUACAAUAUGACCCCAGUUUUAUAAUAUAUUCGCUGUCUCAAAGGUCUGCUCUGCGUCUAGACUAGGACACCUGGCUGCGCCGGAUGAUGGACGCUGACAGUUCCACACUGUGUGCAUCCGUCGUGCUUUGACAGUGCUGACAGAUAGCAAAACUCGUGUGAAUGCGGCGGUGGUUAUGUGGCAGUGUAACUGCGAAAGCUAAACACACCUCUCAAACGUGACUACUAUUAGUGCCGUGUUCUGCACACAGUUCAGGCAGACAACUUCGUGAGACGUCCCUAAUACUCCACGUGGACGUUAAUAGUGACGUUUAAGUGCCUGCGAGGGCGGUGUGGUUGAGUGUGUGUCACCAGAGGGCGUCGCUGAUGCCUCACUUGGCCGGGGAGCGCGGCCGCGCAGUGCGACAAGUGAAGUGCUGAGCUGCGCCCCGCCAAGUGGACGGGAGGUCCGCCAUGGGCAACGCGUCGAGCGCCGGAGCCGGCGUGGGCGGGAGUCGAAGCACAGACCCGCGGCCGCUCAUCUUCCUGUUGUGGCUGCUGCAUCGGUACUGGGGGCACAGUGACGCGCGCUCGCCCAGGGAGUUCCGCGCCCAGGCGGCGGCGGCGCGCCGGCGCGCGCAGCGGCCCACCACGUGGGAGCGGCCGUCGCGCUUCGCCGUGUCGCGGCUGGCGAGCUGCGCGCAGCAGCGCCGCCAGCGGUCCGCCAGCUUCUCCGACUGUGGCGGCAGCUGCUGCGAGGACGUCAUCUCCGUCUCCUCCUUCUGCGAGCUGUCGCCGAGGUCAGAGAUGGCGCCAAACUCUGAGGAGGAUGGCUCGCGACUUUCCACUGUUCAAGAUGCCGGCUGGAGCCUCGAGGAAGCCAACAAGGAGCAGCUGCGGCCGCCGGUGUACAACCCGGAGGACUACGCAGCGGCGCUGCGCAAGUGGGGGCGCCGUGGCGCGGGGGCCGCUGCGGCCGCCGUGCCUGGCGUCGCGGCGCUGGCGGCGGACGGGGGUUCCCCGCGCGACCACCACCGCCGGCACGGCCACGGCCACACGACCUCGCAGCACCAGCACCAGCAGCAGCCGCCGCAGCAGCAGCCCGAGAUGAGUCUGCGCCAGUUCAGCAGCGCCUCGGAGCUGCUGGCCAAGCUCAGGGCCGACCUCCGGCUCGCAUACCCUAGCUUCGUGCAGGAGUUCAUCGGCGACCCGCUGGACGGCGUGACGCUACUUCUGGAGCUGCUGCGCGCCGUGCAGCAGCCGGCGCCGGGGCAGGGCGGCGGCGCGGGGGCGGGUGGCGGGGGCGGCGGGGGCGGCGCCGGCGGCGGGCGGCGCGCGCUGCUUGACGAGCUGGCGUGCCUGCAGUGCCUGCACGCGUGCCUGCGGCUGCCCGACGCCGCGCGCCGCCUCGCCAGGUCGCCCGCCGGCCUCUACACGCUCGCCGUCUGCGUCAUGAGCAACGCCACCAAGUCCAGGGUCAUCGCGCUGCAGCUGCUGACGCGCGCGUGCGAGCCGCCGGGCUGCGGCCACGCGGCCGUGUCCGAGGCGCUGUCGACGCUGCGGCUGCGGCUGGCGGAGCCGGUGCGCUUCCGCCUGCUGGCGGGGAUGCUGGGCAGCGCCGGCGGCUGCCCCGACCUGCCCGCCGCCGGCCUGCGCUUCCUCAACACCCUGCUGGAGACGGCGCCCGGCGAGCAGGCGCGCCUCUACCUGCUUGCCGAGCUGCGCCAGGCCGGCUUCCAGCCGCACGCGCUCGCCCAGGUGCUGCCCGCGGGCUCGGCAGCGGCGCAGCAGCUGCAGGCGGAGCUGUCGCGCUGGCAGCGCAACCAGGUGGACGUGGCGCAGCUGCGCGCCCGGGCCGCCGCCGCAGAGGCAGAGUCGCGCGCUCUGCGCGAGCAGGUCGCCAUCCUCGAGCAGCGGGUACAGAUUCUGCAAGAGGAGAAAGGCGUGCUCGUGUCACUGGAGAGGUGCCUGAAAGACCGCUGUUCGGAACUGGAGGCGACAGUUAAGAGGCAGCAGCAGCAGCAGCAACAUCAACAGCAGCGCCAGCAGCAGAAACAGACGGACGCGGGGGGCGGCGGCUCGACUCCCGCCGAGGACGAGGGCAUCAGCUCCUCCGACCAGGAGCACUCGCUGGAGGAGCGCGAGCCCAUGGUGUACGAGCUGUUCCACGUGCACAACGACACCAUCCUCAUGCAGGAGACCAGCGUCGACGACGGCCCCGAGCCCGGCGAAGCCGAGGGCUGCGUCGUCGGUGGCGGCGCCGGCGUAGUCGGAGGCGGAGCCGCGGCCGACGAGGACGAAGAGACGACCAUCGACGAGGUGAUCGAGGAGCUGCGCAACAUCAUCAACGACGCGGAGACGGAGGCGUACGCGGCCGAGGCGGCGGCGGUAGCGAAAGCGGGCAAGCGCAAGGAGGAGCCGCUGGUGAUCGCGGAGGAGAGGCCGGCCGCCGUCGGCUUCACGGUGCGCAUCCAGGCGCUGGAGCGCGAGGCGGAGAUCGUGCCGGCCCGCCUGCUGCCGCAGCCGCCGCGCCGCGCCCGCAGCCUGGUGCAGCUGGCGCCGCGCGCGCACGCGCACUACGUCUCCUCCAGCGCCGCCAAGAGCGCCUCCUUCUUCUUCGACGACGAGGACGACGACGAGGAGUCGCCCGUGCACUCCAGCGAGGAGGAGGACUCCGACUCCCUGCUCAGCAGCGCCGCCAGGGACCACUGCGGCACAAAGAAGUGGACAGUGAGGGAGGCGAAGUCCACGGCGGCGCUGAGGCUGAAGCUGGCGGGCGCGCCGGCCGGCGAGCGUGGCGGCGGCCGGCCGGUGCGGCGCAGCGAGUCCUUCCACCAGGUGCUGGCCGGCGACCCCGAGCGCCGGCAGCGGCUGCAGGGCCGCUGCGGCAGCUUCGACGGCCUCUUCUGCGUCACCGACUCGCCGCGCAGCCGGCCGCGCUCGCCGCCCUCCUCCACCGCCGUGGUGCCCACGCUGGCGCGCAACCGCCACCACUCCAAGAGCCUCGACUGCAUCGACGAGGGCCUGCACGCUCUCGUCGACGUGGUCGUCGCGUCGACGGCCGCCACCGCCGCCACCAGCGUGUCCGUGUCUGCGGCGGCGGCGGCCGCGGCGCAGGACCGGCGCAGCAGCGGCCGCGGCUCCACCACCGACGAGUGGAGCCUCGAGUGGGACAAGAACUACCUGGCGGCGGCCGGCGCCGGAUCGCCCGCGCUGGCCGCGUCGCCGCCCCCGCCGCCCGUCGCCAUCGUGCCCGUGUCGCGCUUCCCGGCCGCCGCCAAGCGCUACCCGCCCGACGGCGCCAGCAAGCCGCCCGUCUACCUGCCCGCCGCCACGCGCAAGAACUCCUUCGACGCGCCCUUCCUGGUGCGCGGCGGGCACGGCAACGCGGGCCUCUACUCGGGCCGGCAGGCGCUCUCCAGGGAAGCCAUCGCCAAGCACAGCGCCCGGGCCCGCAGCGCCUCUUCCGCCGGGGCCACGCCGGGCCGCAAGGUGUCCGUCAGCGUCAAGGUCACCGACCUGCCCUCCGGACUCUACUAGGGCAUACGGAAACACAGACUUCAGCAUCACCUGUGCGUCAUUUGUUUCUGCAUCUCGAUUUUUGUUUUUCUACCAGAGUAUUGCUGUUUUCCACCUGCCGCAGAGAAUAAGUCUUUUCCCACACGAGUUGACUAGCUCGCCCGCUUCUAUCUCGCCUUCACAAAUCGUGCCCGAGAUAAUCACCAGCAGGGACAAUCUAUAAGGAUAAGUCAAAAAGUAUCUGUGUUUAUCUAUGCCAGUCACGAUUUCAUUUAUUUCUAGUACGACGUGUUUCGGUAAAUGAUUCUUCUUUGCGAGUGCCUUUUUUUGCAUUUGGCAAAGGCCUUGCCGCAGUGGCUACACCGGUUCUCGUGAGAUCACCGAAGCUAAGCGCUGUCGGGCGUGGUCGGCACUUCGAUGGGUGACCAUCCGGGCCGCCAUGCGCUGUUGCCACUUUUCGGGGUGCACUCAGCCUCGUGAUGACAAUUGAGCAGCUACUCGAACGAAUAGUAGCGGCUUCGGUCAAGAAUACCAUCUUACGACCGGGAGAGCGGUGUGCUGACCUCACGCCCCUCCUAUCCGCAUCCUCCACUAAGGAUGACAUGGCGGUCGGAUGAUCCCGGUAGGCCACUCGUGCCCUGAAGACGAAGUGCUUCUUUUGCAUUUACACAUAACAUUUUCGAUGUGCGGCAUUCUGCAUUAUUCUGUUGCCGUUACUGUAAUACAUGAGUAUAAACACGUGCUUUUUGUAAUUAGUGGUGGAUAUUUAUAUACAGGCGAAUUUGCAAAAAGAAUUUUUCGAUUGCAGUUUGCUUUUACUUAUUUCAGAAACAAACAUAUUGUUUUUACAGUCACAGGCUUUACUACAGUUUACAGUGGCAAAAAAAAGAACAAAAUUUACCUCUACAACAUUUUUAGUUCAUUAUAAAAUCACAAAAUUUACAAUGGCAAAAUUUUUCAACGUAGUCACCCUGCUUUUCAUUGCCCUCAGUCCUUUGUAGCACAAACUAACUCCUUCAGAAGUUUUUUUUCCUUGAGGACGGCUUCCCUUACCUCUUCAUCACAAGUGGGUCUACAUGCUCUUAAACCACCUUCACCAAAAAAUGUUAAGAGGGCAGGACGAAAUUAGGAAUGUGUGCAGGAUGCUCCAAGCUUCAAAAUGCAUAUUCUGAGAGUUCGUAUGAGCAGUGAUAUGUGUACAUGCAUCAUCGUGCAAAACAAUAACAGAAUUUGACAAUAAAUCUUGGUGUUUGGUUAAAAUGGCAGGCUUCAACUCAUUGCAGAGCAUGUGACUGUAACGUUCACUGAUUACUGUCAAUCCCUUUUCUAGGUAAAGUUGCAAUGUGUCAAUAAACAAUGAACACGACUUUUCUAGCAGAAAGUUUACUCCUGAAUUUGUUUUUGGUUGGAGAUCCGUUCCAUCUUCCUGCAUUUGUUGUCGGGUUCAAAGUCUUUACUGCCAGUGGAGAUUCAUUUCAAAAGAAUUUCACUUUCGUUAGCAACAUUCUUUAGUGGCUGCACUUGGGUUCUUUAUGGAUUUGUUUUUGGAUCUAUUUUGCACAAACUUUAUGAAAGUUGACCCUGUUAUGAAUGAUGUCUCGUACAGAACUAUAACUAAUGUGUAGUUGAUUUGCCACUUCACCGACAGCCACAUGUAGGUUAUUCAAAAUCAGGUCACAGACUUGCUCAGUAUUGCCAUUAGUAGUUGAUGUGAAUGGACAUCCUGCACUUUACCUGUUCUUCAUCCUCACUUGGCCACUUCUGAAUUAUUGAAUAUACUUGUAAUCAAUUUGCCAAUCUAAAACAUCACCCCCAUAUUGUCCUGAAACUGUUCUAGGGUUUUAAGAUCCUGGUAUACUUUCAGAAAAAAAUUAUUGUGGGACCUUUUCCCUAACUGAUGCAAAUGGAGAGUAGUGAGGCCAUGUUUAUUUUCAAGAGAGCAAAGCAAACUAAUGUGACAAUACAGAAACCUUCCACAAACAAAGUGAAUGGUGGCAUCUAGUGGCUGGCAAUUGCACUAAGCCAUACUGCAAACCAAAAGACAAUUACAACGAACAUGCAGAUACUUAAUGACUCAUCCUAGUAGAUAUUCAUGUAUUAUCAGACACAGCUAACUCAAAAAUCAAAAUCAAAGCUGUCCUCCAUCCAACGGGUGGUCUAAUACUGCAAUGCUCUUUUAGGCAUAGUCCUGUUGGAAGUAGUACAUGCUUGUUGUCCUCUGACCUCUGGAAAUGUCUUAUGCAGUCAGUUAUAGGUGAAUGUGCAGUUUAAUGUGGACUGUGUGCCAUGUUGCAACUUGACAUUUUUUCCCAUUACAAAUUACUUUUGGAGUUGAAAUAAAUUCUAAGAGGCCUGUCACAAUGCUUUGUACAUGUGAAGAAGCAGAUUUGUAUUAUGUGCCAAAAUCCAUAUCAAACUGCACAUCCAUAAAUAAAUUAUGUAUAGUGAGACAGUUCUUGUAUCAGAUGAAGUCUAGGUUAUAUUAGCUCCAGCAGGUCAAUUCUAACUACAUCACUGUGGCAUUCAAUCCAAUCUUUGAAUUGGUGACCACUUCUUUUGUACAGAUAAUAAGCUGUACCUAAAUAAAUUGGAACACUGAAAAUAUGAACCAAUGACUACUCAGAAUUAGUUUAAAAGAAAAUGUCUGAAAUGUUGCACUGAAAACACAAUCAACUUUUGUGUGAAUCAUUUAUUUCCCAAAAUGAAAAACAGAAAAUAUCAUUUUCACCUGCAGAAGGAAUCUUUUUCAACUGGACUCAAAUAUAGAUUUUUAAGUUAGUAUUUAGUGAUUUGUGCAAUAUAUUUAUAUCCAGCUGUUUGAUGUCUGUAGGACCAGCAAACACAUGCAUUUAUUCACAAACAACUACUUAUCAUCUUCAUUGCAAGUGUGAUAAUAUUGCAUUGUCAUUCCUAUGUUAUGUCCCAUGUAAAAAUUUCAUUAUGCCCCUCUGUUUCCUUAUUCUUCUGUGUAAACAACACCAUGCAUGGAAAUCUAUGCUUUCUGUUGCUAUGUAGAUCCUUCCACAACUUGUGCAUCCUAGGUACUCUAUCACUGCACUUGACUUAUAGUCCAAACUGUUUGCCAGUUUGUAUUUUGAACAUUUGUUCCUGGAAAAUCUUCCAACUUUGCAUGUAUUAUUAUUCCUGCAGUAUCUACCUAUCAAUUACUGUACAGAUGAGUGUCACGUCAAUUUUGUGCUGUAUCCUCUAACAGACUAAAUUGAUUCACAGCCAAUAAAUAAUACUGAUGUGAAGAUCACAUAAUGCUUAAACUUUCUGCCUGGUAUGCCUUCUGAACUUCCUCUUCCUAGCUUAGUUCACAUAAGUGACUGAGACACCCUUGUUCUUCUCCUAAUGCAGUAUGAAUAUUAAAAUUAUUCUUGAUGAUAAAUACAGAUGUUAUAGAGCUACAAUAAUAACAGCCACAUUAGCACUAUGGAAGAAUAAGUAAUGUGUAGUCAUUGUUGUAGAUAGGACAGUUUACAUUUUUUUGAAUGAAGAAGCAAUGUAGACCUACUGCAGUUAAAGCAGAAGAAGAAACCGUUGUUUAUAUAUUUGAUCUGUUGAUUUACAGAAACAAUCUUCUCUUUCAGAAGAAGAAAUACUGAUUUCCUAACAUUUUACAAAGUGAAUUGUGCAAUAUAUUUAUACAUUAAAUAUAUAGUGUUUAUAGUGAACUGCUGGAAUUUUUGUAUAAUUACCACACCUUUUAAUAACGUUUUUGGGGAAUUAUGUUAUUUUGAUGAGAACCUGACCAUGAAGUACAUUAGGCAUCUUUUCAAAGAACCUUCACUUAACACAAUAUCACAAAUAAAAAGAAUGUGUACCUGCUUGUGUAAAGAUAUUUCCAUGACAUUAACAUUUUCUGACAAAAAAUCUGAAAUUUCUGAAAUAAGGAAAAAAUAUUUUGUACAUCUUAAAUAUAUGAAACCAUGUAUAAGUACAUAUUGGAUGCAGACUCAUAGCAUUUUUUAAAACAUAUGACACCAUCUUAAAACUGUAUUCUUAUUUUAUAAUUUUUAAGUGAUUUUCUGUUAAUUUUCUGCCCUACCAAGUUAAUUAUCCCUUGAUUUUCAGCUUAUUUUCUUAUCCUGUCAUGUAUUGCUUUCCAUAUUUUCUCUAUUUCAUUUCUUAUGUAAAUUUGUUCUGUAAUAUGUCAUUGCUACCUAAGUAGUCCAUCUUGUACAUCUGUUGCAAAUUACUCUUUCCCAAAAUUAUGAUACAAUGAAUGACCUCACCCCUCAACAUGUUGUUAACAUGGAAAUAGUUUCGUCUUCCUAUCUCUCCAGAGAGAACCAAAUUGAGUUCCAAAAAAACUGUGAGCAAAUAGUAGUCUGAAACUGACACUGCAAACUCCUGCACAAUGAAAUGAAUAAUUACUGAAAAUUGUAAAAAUUGGAAGCACAAGAAUUUAAAUAAAAAUUUAAUUAGAUAAGAAAGUCACUUCACAAAUAUGCACUGCACAGUAAAAAUAAAGGAGUGCGUAGGAACAGUUUGUUCAUAUGUAUGUGUCAGAAAAUCACAGUUACUUCAUCAUAGUACUGAAUGGGUACUUUUUUUCGCUUGUUUUCCAGUAAAGACUUAUUUAGACUGUACUCAAAUUUCUAAGUCCAGAAAAAAAUGUUCACAUCAUGGGUACUAACAUUGUUUUCACAAGUGAAAUAUUUAAAUAAUUCAUCUAACAUAUAAAUAAAUAUUUCUGUUCCUCUUUAAUUUUUUUACAUUUUUUUAUAUUUUGUACUGUGUACAAACUUCACAGCAAGCUGAAAAUUUUAUAUAAUUGCUUCAUUUGAUGUGAGACAUUAUUUUUUCUUUUGUUAAUAUUUGUAUGGCAGUUUUUUGGCAGUUUUCCAUUACUGAGUAAUUCUGCCCCAGCAAAGAAUUUUAGUUAAAAUGCAGACCUGUUAUAAGAUAAAAUGUAAGCAGGUAAUUAUAAUUACACAAGUAUCAGUUUAAUGGAUUUUGUAAAUUUUUGAAGAGAUGCCAACAUGGUCAGCUGUCUGGGAUCUUCUUUAUCAUUCCAUACUUGAUGCAACUAUAUUAAGAAAUAACUUAAUGUUCAUACACUGGCACUGCAUGUUUUGCUUCACAACAGAAGCAAAAUUACUGGCAUCUGCUGUUUGAAAUCAAUAAAAUAUUACCGCAGCUGAUAUGGUUCUGCAUGUUAUCAGAAUCAUACACAGUCAAAUUUAGAGUUUAGUAACACAUUUGCUUUACUGGUGCAAAUUUAUCUUUCAGACACUGUAAUUAGUCAUUUUUAUUUGUACAUAGUCUAUGAAACAGUGUGAUCUCAGAUUACAUUUUAACAUGAUUUAGUUCUUUUGUAAUGUGUCACAUUUUCAAGAAAAAUAAAGGAAAAUUGGAAGUAAGAA